AGGCCAGAGGCUCUCUGAGAAGCGUAGAUGCCAUUGCCUUCUUAGGGAUUCGAAGGAUACAAUUUCUUCUGUAAUUUUCUUCGAUUUUUUCGAUUCCGAUCACCACGAACAAAAUCUGAAAAUGGAGGACAUGGACAUCGAUUCAGUAGCGGACAUACCCGACACUCCUGAUAGGCCAUCUUUAAAGCAAGUGAAUGGAGGGAACUUUGUUGACAAAGUGAGAGGUUCUAAUACUACAGGUGAAGGAUCUUUGGAUAGGCUAAGGCGCAGAGAGAAUGCUCGAGAACAUACUCCUUUAUUUAGGAAAGCAGGAAUAGAGAGAAGCAGAAAAUCCCUUGGAGAGCAAGACAAGGAUAAAGGAAAAGCACCUUGCUCUAAGUUACCUUCUAAAUCAUCUGGAUUCCCCGAAGAUCAUGCCAUCCUAGAUUUAACUGAACAGAAAACACACAAUCAAAUAAGUGAAAUGGCAUCUCUACAAAGUGCAUCUGAAAACUGCUUAGCUGAAGGAAGAAAAGGUCAGGCACCAAGAAAUGGUGGCUUUUAUGCAUUUAACUCUUCAGACUUUUCUGAAACAUCCAGAAAUAGCUGCAAGGGAAAGGAAAAAGUAGAUGAUGUUGGACUUAAAGGUAUAGGUUCAGUUACAAUUAAUGGAAAAGGGGUGAGUCUUUCUAAUGGUUCCCCUCUUAGAAUGGAAAAACAAUUGCCUGCUUCUCAUCAUUCAAUUGCCUCACCAAGAGCUGUUGGGAAAAGAAGAUUGGUCCGAAAUGGCUGCAUCUCCCCCCAUAAUAUAGCCAGCAUGGCUAAACAAAAUGAGCAACCCCAAAGCAACUUUACACCUGAACAAAAUUUUGUGAAUAUGGGUAGCAGCAGUCCUUGUUUGAUUAGCGAGAUAGUUGCUGAAGAUAAUGAUAAUAAUGGUAAAGGAAAAAGAGUUGCCCAUCCUCAUGCAUGUAAGGAGCAUGAUAUCAAUUUUAUUAAUUUAUCUGGCAGUCCUAUGAGUAAUAGUGGAGAAGCCGGUGGUAUUGGUGAUGCGAAUAGAGAUGCAUGCUUUGAAGAAAAAGGUGGAUGGAGAAGCACUCACACCCGUUCAAAGAAUGUAGAUCAUGCAGCUGAACAUCAGUUAAGUAGAUUUAAUAGUGUUGGAUGUCAAGUGAGUCAACGAAAUGAAAAUGGACUUGUGAAAAGAAAUCAUGCUAGUGGAGGAAAGAUCAGGAUUCUAUGUGAUUCUUCUGAAACUCAUGCAACUGAGAGAGCUUCUGCGAUCACAAAAAUAAACCAACGAAGUGAACCUUCUCAGGCGAACAUGCUACCUAAAAGGCAAAUGAAACAUGUAUUAUCUUCAAGAAAUAAUGGUGAAAGCUCAAGGGUCACUUCUAAUGACCCGGACAUUGUGUUUCUUGGUUCAUCUUUGGAAUCAUCUACUUCAAGGUCAUCUAGAAUUCAUAUUGCGGAGCAUCUGGAUGUUAUGGAUCUUGACAACUCAUCUCAAAUAAGAGGGAUACAUGCCAAUCAUAUGGAUUCUAUGAAUGAGGAGGACACAGAAGCUAAUGCAAGACAAAUUGAAGUGGAUGAAAUGUUGGCCCGUGAACUCCAAGAACAAUUAUAUCAUGAGGUUGAUGAAAACAUUGCAUGGGCACUUCAGCAGGAGGAAGGUGCAUUCCUUCCUACAUCUUUUCGGGCUCUCCAUGAGCCAGAUCAUCAAGGCUCAACAAGGCAAUCUCAUAUUCAGCCUCCAUCAAGGAAUUUUCAGAAUUCUUCGAAUAGGAGAGGAAUGCAAACUAAUUUCCCCACUUCUGCUAGAGUUUCAAGGUUGAGGAACCGAGUUUUGAAUCAAACUCGAGCAGCACCAUCCAGGACAAGGAAUUUUCAAUUCCCUUUAGACAUGGACUUGGAUAUGAGGCUCGAUAUAUUGGAAGCCAUGGAAGCUGCAAUGGGAGAUGCUGAUGACAUGGGAAUGGCUAGUCGCAUCUUCCAAGUUCAACGUGAUUUUAAUGAAAAUGAUUAUGAAAUGCUGUUGGCCCUUGAUGAUAACAAUCAUCAGCAUGGCGGUGCAUCGGUUAACCAGAUUAACUGUUUGCCACUGUCCAAAGUACAGACUGAUAAUUACGAAUCUUGUGCCGUAUGUCUUGAAACCCCCGCCAUUGGAGAAACUAUUCGCCAUCUUCCUUGUCUACAUAAAUUUCAUAAAGAUUGUAUCGAUCCAUGGCUGAGGAGGAAAACGUCAUGCCCGGUUUGCAAGUCAUCUAUCGCUUGAACGGGAAUGUUCCUGCACAAUGUUGAUGAAAAAGGUCUUAAGUCAACAUGUAUUGGAGAUAGCACUCGGCGAGGGGAAAGGAUCGGUAUAUUUGAUGAGCGAAUAAACUCGGAAUUGCAUAUGGAGCAAAAAUGGCUUUUGGAAUGCUAAUGGAGGAUCAGGAUGACAAUCUUUCAUUAGAGCUAGUGUGUAGAGAGUAAUGGCAUGCGACUAAAUGCAAUUUACUCCUUUGAAAGCAAUUAUUUUUGGGUACAAUUAUGCUAGGAGUUCCUCUAUUAUACCGAGAAGUUCAUUUUAGUCCCUCUAUGUACCAUCGAAUUUUUAGCAAAAAGGUGAAAAUGCUAAUUGUGCUGUUAAAUACCCGGAA